AUGGCGGCGACUCAUGCUCACAUAUCCCAUAAUGCUAAAACCCCAACGUCUCACCAAAAACCUCCUCUUUGGUUCUCUCCUGAGACCGGAAUCUACACCAGCAAAUUCCCCUCCCUACACCUCCCCGUCAACCCAAAUCUCGACGCCGUCUCCGCCCUUUUCUCUCACAUCCACGACGGCGAUUACGCUGCUUCCGCCGCCUUCGUCGAUUCCUCAACCGGGUUUUCGAUGUCUUACACCGACCUUCAGGUUAUCGUCAAAUCAAUCGCUGCCGGGUUUUAUCACGAUUUGGGUGUCCGCCAAGGCGACGUCGUUUCGCUCAUGCUGCCUAAUUCCGUCUACUUCCCGUUGGUUUUCCUCUCGUUGAUCUCCCUUGGCGCCAUUGUCACCACCAUGAAUCCUUCGAGCAGUGUGGGAGAAAUUAAGAAGCAAGUGAAGGAGUGUAAUCUCGGUUUAGCGUUCACUUCUCCCGAAAACGCUGAGAAAUUGAGCUCGUUGGGGAUCGUUGUAAUCAGAAUACCAGAAAGUUACGAUUUUGAUUCGAUUCGAAUCGAAAACCCUAAGUUCUACGCAAUCAUCAAAGGAGAUUUCGGAUUCGUACCACCAAAACCUUUGAUUAAGCAAGACGAUGUAGCGGCGAUUAUGUACUCCUCAGGGACAACAGGAGUUAGCAAAGGAGUUUUGUUGACUCACAGGAACUUGAUAGCGACAAUGGAGCUUUUUGUGAGGUUUGAAGCUUCGCAAUACGAGUAUCCAGGCUCGAGUAACGUUUAUCUAGCAGCUUUGCCGUUGUGCCAUAUCUACGGGCUAUCACUCUUUGUGAUGGGACUGUUGUCACUGGGAUCAACCAUCGUUGUUAUGAGGAGGUUCGAUGCUUCUGAUGUUGUAAAUGUAAUCGAGAGGUUUAAGAUCACUCAUUUCCCGGUUGUUCCUCCGAUGUUGAUGGCGUUGACAAAGAAGGCGAAAGGAGUUUGUGGGGAAGUGUUUAAAAGCUUGAAGCAGGUUUCUUCUGGAGCAGCUCCUUUAAGCAGGAAGUUCAUUGAAGAUUUCCUUGAGACUCUUCCUCAUGUUGAUUUGAUUCAGGGAUAUGGAAUGACUGAAUCAACUGCAGUUGGAACACGUGGCUUCAACUCGGAAAAGCUUAGGAAGUAUUCUUCGGUGGGACUACUUGCUCCAAAUAUGGAAGCAAAGGUAGUAGAUUGGAGCUCUGGCUCUUUCCUUCCACCUGGAAACCGAGGAGAGCUCUGGAUUCAAGGUCCUGGAGUCAUGAAAGGAUAUUUGAAUAACCCAGAGGCAACGAAGAUGACACUUGUUGAAGAUAGUUGGCUACGUACUGGGGAUAUUGCUUAUUUUGAUGAAGAUGGUUACUUGUUUAUUGUUGACCGUAUAAAGGAGACUAUCAAGUACAAAGGGUUUCAGAUUGCACCAGCAGAUUUGGAGGCUGUUCUUGUUUCACAUCCUUUGAUUCUCGACGCUGCAGUAACAGCUGCACCAAACGAAGAAUGUGGAGAGAUUCCGGUAGCAUUCGUGGUCCGGAGACAAGAAUCAACACUUUCAGAACAAGAUGUAAUAAGCUAUGUAGCUGCUCAGGUUGCGCCGUACAGGAAGGUAAGGAAAGUGGUGAUGGUUAGCUCUAUACCAAAAUCUCCAACUGGGAAGAUACUGAGAAGGGAACUAAAGAGAUUUUUGACAAACUCUGUUUCUUCAAGACUAUGA